CUACCACAUUUGGUUGAGUCCAGGGUUCCAUCAGAACCAAGAUGGCGGACUUAGCAGCGACGCGCUAAACUUCAGUUUACACUUUUAACGCGUACGCUUUUCUAUCCCUUCUGAUUCUGAUCGGAUUGUUUUCUUUUAAGAACGAAUACUGAUGUUCCCAGAAAUGUUGAGUCCAAGGCAUUUUACCCGUGGAAGGAAAGCCAGUCCAUACAAAGAUCUUCAGAUUUGGAUCAGAGGAGUUUAAGAUCUGCUGUGUUUUCCAGGUGUGUUUAUCUGGGAUGUGCAGGCCAGGUGGCAGGAGGGGUUUCAGCCCCGAAGACACUUCCACUGCUGAAAGACUGCACAAGCUUCCACUGAUGGACAUGUAUUCUUAUAGAGACACCUGUAUACAAGCUGCUUGAAAGACACAACUGAGACUGCAAGCUGUCUGAGGACCAGCUGAGUCCUGAACAUCAGCUCCAGAGAUCACACCUUUCCCUUUCUCCCUCUUCACUCAACUGGUAUUUGAUCCUCCAUCCAUCAAAUAAUCUGCCACCCUUCCGUCCCUCUUUCCAUUAAGUCAACUGAGAGUGGGAUUUACAGUGAAAAGCUAGAAGUGGAGAGCAGGUAAUGGAUGAUGCUGGCCAUGGUGACCUAGUGUAAAUGGCUAUUCCUCAGCACAGCACAGUGCCAGUAUCUACUGUUCGGUUUUCCUCCUCCACUCCCCCCUCCUCUCACCCCUCCUCCACCUCUCUGCCCUCCUUCCCUGAUCACCGCUGCUGCUGCUGCUUGCUGCCCAAUCCUGCCUCUCCCCUCCACCACCAUGGUAGGCGCAGGCUUGGGUGUGUGGAAGCUAAUGCGUGGUGUCCGCCAGCUGGAGCUUCACCGCCUCAUCCUGGCACUCAUCAUCUUCUGCUUGCUGUCCAUGGCCUUCCUAGCUUACUAUGUCUCCAACAGCCCCAAGAUUAAAGAGGCUCCACCUCUGCCCUUCAGUGACUGUGGUGGAGGAGGAGGGAUGUCACAGGGGGCAAGUACUGGGGCAGCAGGUGGAGGGCCAGGUGCUCAGAGAGCACCGCUUUUCCUUCCGCCACGCCAGGGCCGACUGCGACAGGUAAAGUCAGUAGACAAUUCCAGGACGGAGCCUGUAGUCCUGGUGUUUGUAGAGAGCAUCUACUCCCAGCUGGGCCAGGAGAUUGUAGCUAUAUUAGAGUCUAGCCGCUUCCGCUACCGGACAGAAAUAGCUCCGGGUAAAGGCGACAUGCCCACAUUGACAGAGCGUAACCGUGGACGAUAUACACUGAUCAUCUAUGAAAACGUGUUGAAAUAUGUCAACCUGGACGCAUGGAACCGUGACUUGCUGGAUAAAUACUGUGCUGAGUAUGGAGUAGGUGUCAUUGGCUUCUUCAAAGCAAAUGAAAACUCUCUUCUCAGCGCACAGCUCAAAGGUUUCCCCCUCUUUCUACACUCACACCUGGGACUCAGGGACUACCGCAUCAACCCCAAUGCUCCCCUCCUCUACAUCACUAAGCCCAACCAGGUGGAGCAGGGAUCUUUACCAGGAGAUGACUGGACCAUUUUCCAGUCCAACCACUCUACCUAUGAACCAGUGCUUCUGGCCAGUACCAAGUCCUAUGAGGCGCUGGCACAUGUUGGGUCCAGUCCCCUGAGGGCCUUGCAUGCUACGGUGGUCCAGGACUUAGGGCUCCACGAUGGCAUUCAGAGAGUUCUGUUUGGGAACAACCUGAACUACUGGCUUCACAAACUGGUGUUUGUAGACGCCAUCGCCUACCUGACAGGGAAGAGACUGUGUCUGUCCUUGGACCGCCACAUCCUGGUGGACGUGGAUGAUAUAUUUGUUGGCAAAGAGGGAACUCGUAUGAAGGUGUCAGACGUAGAGGCGUUGCUCAACACGCAAAGCAAGCUCAGAGCACUGGUCCCUAAUUUCACCUUCAACUUGGGAUUUUCUGGAAAGUUCUAUCACACAGGCACUGAUGAAGAGGAUCGGGGAGAUGACAUGCUGCUGCAACAUAGGAUGGACUUUUGGUGGUUUCCUCACAUGUGGAGCCACAUGCAGCCUCACCUCUUUCACAAUGUCAGCGUCCUGGCUGAGCAGAUGAGGCUCAACAAGAUCUUUGCUCAGGAGCACGGCAUCCCAACAGAUAUGGGCUAUGCAGUGGCUCCACACCACUCUGGGGUUUACCCGGUUCACAGCCAGCUGUACGAGGCCUGGAAGUCUGUGUGGAACAUCAAGGUGACCAGCACUGAGGAAUACCCUCAUCUGAGGCCAGCUCGAUACCGCCGCGGCUUCAUCCACAAUGGGAUCCAGGUGCUGCCCAGACAGACCUGUGGUCUCUUCACUCACACUAUCUUCUAUAAUGAAUACCCAGGAGGCUCAAAAGAGCUGGACAAGAGCAUUAGAGGAGGAGAACUCUUCCUAACUGUCCUCCUAAACCCUAUCAGUAUCUUCAUGACCCACCUGUCUAACUAUGGCAACGACCGUCUGGGUCUGUACACCUUUGAGUCUUUGGUUAAGUUUGUCCAGUGUUGGACCAACCUCAGGCUGCAGACCCUGCCCCCCGUCCAGCUGGCUGAGAAAUACUUUCAGAUCUUCCCUGAGGAGAGAGACCCACUCUGGCAGAACCCUUGUCAUGACAAAAGACACAAAGAUAUUUGGUCUAAAGAAAAGACCUGUGAUCGACUCCCCAAGUUCCUGGUCAUCGGACCCCAGAAAACAGGCACUACAGCACUUCAUUCAUUCCUGAGCCUUCACCCAGCCAUCACCAGCUCCUUCCCCAGUCCCACCACCUUCGAGGAGAUCCAGUUCUUCAGUGGAGCAAACUACGACAAUGGGAUUGACUGGUACAUGGACUUCUUCCCAUUCCCUUCCAAUGUCAGCACAGAUUUUAUGUUUGAGAAGAGUGCCAACUACUUUGACACAGAAGUAGCACCUAAGAGAGCUGCUGCCCUGCUACCCAGAGCCAAAAUCCUAGCGGUGCUCAUCAACCCGUCUGACAGGGCUUAUUCCUGGUACCAGCAUCAGAGGGCCCACCAGGACCCUGCAGCCCUUAACAACACUUUCCACGCAGUGGUGACAGCAGGCCCCUCAGCCCCCAGGGACAUACUGGCCCUCCAGAGACGCUGCCUUAACCCAGGGUCCUAUGCUGCUCACCUUGAACGAUGGCUGCAACACUACCAGCCUAGCCAGUUGCACAUUGUGGACGGGGCCCUGCUGCGCUCCAACCCAACACUGGUGAUGGAGGGAAUCCAGAGAUUCCUUGGCGUCACUCCGAUCUUCAACUACACCCAGGCUCUAAUGUAUGAUGACAGCAAAGGUUUCUGGUGUCAGCGGGUGGAAGGAGGUCGAGCCAAGUGUCUGGGGAAGAGUAAAGGCAGGAAGUAUCCAGAGAUGAGUCCUGAGUCACGUGCCUUCCUGGCUGAGCAUUACCAUGAGCAUAACAUGGAGCUGCUGCACCUGCUCAACCGAUUGGGACAACCGCUGCCGUCCUGGCUCCGCCAAGAACUCCAGAGCACCAGCUGGAGCUGAGGUCACUACCGCCUAACACAGACACAGCACAGAAAAGCCGCAACUGUAGUCUGUGGAAGAGCCAACACUCGGCUCUGGAUUAGACUGGACUACCCUGAUCUAGAAUGAACAGCACCACACAUGAGAAGAGCUUUGAAGUUUUAGCUGUAGUGACUGGUGCUCCUGUGCGGUGGCAAACUCAAGACAACAGUGCAACACGAGAUCUUUGUCAGUGUUGCUCACUGUUGGAGAAGGAUCUCAGCGGACUCUCCCUCCUAUUCCUGAUUGGUUGCACUGGACGGCCUCAGUCUGUGUGUGGACGGAGAGCUGACACUGUAUACAUCAGUUUGCUGUAGAUCCAGAGGACGGGGCCAAUAGCCAGUUUGAGGACAUUAAGUACAGCUCAGACAGCCUUAAUGUGAGGAGAGAAACUCACAGGAUGAGACCCUGUGGAUGGUGAGUGUAUGACUUGAGACAGUACAGGAUUAACACACACACACACACACACACACACACACACACACACACACGUCUCAUGUCUUCAGAAGAAUGAUUGUAAAGCAGUUCAUUUUACAAAGUGGUUGUAUAUGACAGGGUUGGGGUUGGGGGGCAGGUGGGGAACAGAAUGGACAGCAGCUUAAAUCACACACACACACACACACACACACACACACACAGUCCAUA